CAGCCUUGCAUAUAUAGUUCAUCUUCCAUCGCAACAUCAAUACCUACCAGUAAUUCAUCUCAUAAUAAAUCUAUUUCAUCAUGGGUAAAGUCGCUGUCGAUGGUGGCUCGUCCGGUUUGGGCCGGACAAUGGUCGAUGCCCUCGAGGCAGCCAAGACUCACAACUACAUCAUCCUUUCGCGAAAGGCUACUGGUCCGGAGACGCGGGCUGUCGACUAUUCCGAUGUAAAUUCUUUGACUUCGCUUCUUGAGUCUGAGCAGGUCGACACGGUUAUAUCCAUGCUUCCGACCGACAAUGAUGAGAGCGGACAAGCUCAGCUGAACCUCAUCGCAGCGGCGGAGAGAUCAACUUGUACUUAG